AUGGGCAAAGAACUCAACAGCCCGUCUUCGCAGCGCUCGUCUUCGGCGCAGCACGACACGCACGAUGCCGUCUACGACGCGCAAGAGCUCAGCGGCGGCGCUCCGGGCGUCACCGCGCUCGACCCUAACUCUUCCGAGUACAAGGAGCUCGAGCGACGACUUGUCCGCAAGAUUGACAUCCGUCUGAUGCCAAUCACCAUUCUAUUAUAUAUUUUAAACUAUUUGGACAGGAACAGUAUCUCUACUGCACGAGACAACGGCCUGGAGCGAGAUCUCGGCCUCAAGGGCCAGGAGUACCCAACUGCGCUCUCCAUCCUCUACGUCGGCUACAUCACCUUCCAGAUCCCGUCGAAUCUGUUCAUGACCAAGCUCGGGCGGCCAUCGCUGUACAUCCCCACUUUCGUGACGCUCUGGGGCGUCGUUUCGGCUUGCACGGCCGCAACCACCGGGUACCAUUCGCUCCUCGCCGUGCGUAUUAUCCUGGGUGCAGUGGAGUCGGCUUUCUUCCCGGCCGCACUGGCAAUGCUGUCGUUCUUCUACCGCAAGAACGAGAUGGCUACGCGAACAGCGCUGCUCUUCUCGGGCAGUAUCAUCAGCAACGCCUUCUCGGGUCUCAUCUCGGCGGGUAUCUUGUCGAGGAUGGAGGGCAAGGCAGGCCUGCCCGCUUGGAAGUGGCUUUUCAUCAUCGAGGGCGCCAUCACGGUGGUGGUUGCUGCCAUGGCUGUCUUUAUCCUGCCGGACAUGCCCGAAAACUCCAAGUUCCUUUCGGUCGAAGAGAGGCAGAUGGCGGUCAACAGGCUCAAGCUCGACGUGGGCACCAGCCUGUCGCCUGGUGAGGAUGAAGGCACGCCGAUGCAGGGUCUCAUCAUGGCGGUCAAGGACGUCAAGGUGUGGGUGCUCGCCUUCAUGCUCACCAGUGUCACUGUCGGCGUGGGUUUCAACCAGUUCUUCCCUACAAUUGUGGGAUCGCUGGGUUACUCGCACACUGUGACGCUGCUGCUUACUGCGCCCAUCUGGCUGUUCGCCUUCUUUGCGUGUCUCGCCAACGGCCUGCAUUCGGACCGCGUGCAGGAGCGUACGCUGCACAUCAUCAUUCCUCUUCUGUUUGGUAUCGUCGGCUUCAUCAUCUCGUCGACAACGACGAGCCUGGGCGCGCGCUUCUUUGCGCUCUUUAUCGAGGCCUCGUCGUACGCCGGAUACACUUGUGUGCUCGGUUGGAUCGCUCCGUCCAUCCCCACGCCCAGGUACAAGAAGGCCGUGGCACUCGCGCUCAUCAACGCAUUCUCGCAGCUCGGCAACAUCUCGGCGAGCUACGUGUGGCUCAAGAAGUGGGGACCCAAGUACUGGCAGUCCAACACGAUCUCGUCGGCCAUGUUCGUGGCGUGCAUUGCGCUCGUGCUGCUGCACAGGACCAUGCUCAAGCGCGAGAACGCUCAGCUCGACAAGAUCAAGCAAGAGCAGCUUGUCAAUACGGCUGGAUCCGAGGAUGCCAAGUUUGGUUCGGAGGCAGGUGACGAUGCCAAAGUGGUGCGCGACCCCGAGUCGCACAUCGCCACUGACGCCGCUUCCAAGAAGCAGCAGACUCGCAUCGCUAUGGCCAAGAGCUCGUUCCGCUACAUGCUGUAG